AUGGAGAAGAAAACGGAAGAGGGAGACAGAGAGAGAACGACGAGAGGUGAACCCCCCAGCCGGAAACCCCCGUCCCCUCAACCGCAUUCGCACCAUCAAACGAAACCGACCUCCACGGCAACCGACGGCCGCCGCCCGGCCCCGAUCGACGCCGACAAAGGCGUAGUCAGACUAGAGUCAAGCUCAACAGGGUCUUCUUUCCCCGCCGAUCGUUCCAAGCCCGUUCCCUUGGCUGUGGUUUCGCUAGAUAGUAGCCGCCUGGAGGGCGUUUCCAAAUGCCACCACGGGGAGGUAGAGUGCGUUUUAAUCGUCAUCUACAGCGAGGGCCGGAAAUUUCCCUUUAACCUAAGAAGGUUAGGUGAGUUAGCCCCUGUAGACCGGGAAUCCAACCGUAGCCGGAAAGAUAAUAGGGGGAGCAGUCACGAAGCAACCUCGGCGAAGCAGCAGGGCGAGUCAGCCCCUCCGCCGGAGCGCGCCAAUAUGCACGGAGCAUCUGAGCAGUAUCACGGAGAACAAGUCUGGAAAUCAUCCCAAAAUGCCUCCACCGCAACAAACCCAAUGUAUGACAAUCCUGGUAGGACUGUUGGGCCACCGCACCUCGCCAAUUAUACGUCAGGGCAACGAUUUGGAUGGGAAUAUCGCUACCGAAACGAUCACGGACAGCAUCAAGGAAGUACCGCUGGUUAUAUUUCCGGAUUUUUUCGGCGUUGCACGCGUCCAGACGACACACGGCAGAAUCGGGACGAACCUGCACGUCGAGGAAUAUUAACCCUUCCUGGUACGGACCAUGAUGUCCGGCUUUCGCAGGCCUCUCUCAGUCUCAAAUCUCGGUUCCAUAAUGACAUCCAAAUUCCGCUUCUUCAUGGAUUGCGCCACGAAGAGCACAACAUUGUCAUGCCUUUUCGUACGAAGACCAUCAACGAUACCGCAGGCUUGGGCUACGUGGGGCAGGCUCAUGGGAGCAUUGCGACCACAUUUACAUAUCGUAUCGACCCUUCGGCCACCCCGGGAUAA